AUGGAAACAGAAACCGAAAUCAAAGAAGAGCAAUGGAAUAAUUCGAUUUGUUCAUUUUCAUCGUCACGAUGUUCAUCGAUAACAUCUGAAUCUUCAGAUGGACACUUUGAUAUCCGACAUUUUCCUCUUCCCAAGCCAUCAUUAUCUGCUUCUGAGGCACAGAAACUGAGAGAGUCACAUCAGGCUUAUGAUCCAAACCGGAUUCCAUCUUCGGUUUUCUCUAGUAAACCGGGUAAUCCGAUGGAAUGGAGUAUAGCUUCUAACGAGUCCUUGUUUAGCAUCCAUGACGGAGCUGCUUCAGGGUGGAGAUCGGCUGAGAUGAUAACCCAAAACAACCCGGUUCCUGUUCCUCUUCCUCUUCCUCCGGUAAAGAAACCAAAUGAAUCUGAGAAAGAGACGAUUAAUGGAGAGGAGGAACCGUACCAGGUCGAGAUAUCAGACUCUGAGGUUGAUGAUAAUGAUGACAAAGAAGAGAAGAUGAGUGAAGUCGAGAGCGACGAUGAAUAUGAAGAAAUGAUAGAAGCGGAGGUUUUAGUAGAAACUGAAACCAAAGUUCCAAAGGAGAAAGAAGUUGUAGAAGUUGUCAAGGAGAAUAAACCAGAAGAUUCGACCAGUACAGUUUCACAUUCCCCGAGCAUUUCUUGUCGUUCGGACACCAGCAAUAACAGCAUUGCCUCUUUCGCAUUCCAAGUAUUGCCAAAAGAAGAUGUCGUUAUCAAAACGCCAUCUAUGGAAAUCAAAGGGAACGUUAUCCACAAGCAAAGACCCGAGUACCAGCUGCCUCUGUCGCCGGUGCUACCGCCCCAACCGCAACCGCAACGGCAACCGCAGCCUUAUGCAGAAUCUAGUACGCUAACUGACUUGCAGCCGGAAUCACAGCCACAACCACAACGGGAGGGAUCGGAAAAAUUCGAGUCUCGAACACAAUCGGUAAAAGCUUCGAGAAUGGGUUGGUUCUCUUGCUUCCAAUGUCCUUCAAAAUGCGGGUUUUUCUAG